AUGGAGUUGAGCUGUGAAGAUGGACGUGGUGUUUUGGCUCCUAGUAUCGAGCGGGAUGGAGGUAAGCUCCUGCGACGCCUGUGGCGCCCUGCCACCUGCGCCCCCGUCCCCGGCCUCCCCGCCGCUGGCGCCUGCCUCUGCCACCGCUGCUGCGCCCCCGCCCACUCCGACCAUUGCCGGCCCCUCACCCCCUCCCCGUGCCCCGCGCCGGCGCCAGUGACCCGGUGGGCGGACAUCGCGGAGCUGGACGAUGUGGCGGCUAGCCGCCCGGUCGUGCGCCGGGAUCCCCCGCCUCGGCCGGCUGUGACCCGGGUCGUGGCUGCGCUCCCGCUCCAGCUGGGCGGCGCCGCUGCCCCCUCGCGGUCACGCCGGCUCGUCGUGGUGGCGCCCCCCUCGCCCCCCCGAAAAGCGCCCUCCUUGGGGCAUCGGACCGCUCGCCGCCGCCGCGCUUCGGCGUGGGUUGUCACGGGGCGGUCCGACCAGGGCCGGGCGUGCGUGUCCUGGCGUUCCGCGGCGGCUGCUCCUCCCGCCUCCUCGUCCGGCGUCCCUCCCCGCCGCUCGCCUGCGCCGCCAUCGGGCGCACUGCCUCUCCGCCGCACCUCGCCGUUCAGGCCGUUCAUCGCAGCGUUCGGCACCUCCUCGCUCUGCCUCUCCCCCUGUCGUGCACCUCGGCGAUCCUGGCCCGUUCACCUCCUAGCUCCGGCGCCGGCCGCGGCAGGGAUGGCGUCGAGGGUAACCCUCGCGCCCAUCCCUCUGCCCUGCAGGCUAGGCCGUGAAAACUUGGGCCGGACGCGGACUGGGCUGCCCACCCCCCUUCCAGCCGGUGCGCCCUCUAUCAUGGGCCUCCCCCAGGUGACCGCUAGUAGGUCGGCCCUCUCGGGCCGCCCGGCCAUCUGGUUACCUGCUGGGCUGCCCCGCCCCCAGUCCAGCAGUUCACUACCGCGACCACCUCAGGAACCCUAG